AUGUUCAAGCUUUUCUUUGCUCUGAUUGUGUUGGCCGCGGCAGCGUUUGCUGUUGAUGAUUUCUACGCAUAUCCCAGCUACAAGUUCGAGUAUGGCGUGAAGGAUCCCCACACCGGUGACCACAAGAGCCAGUGGGAACAUCGGGAUGGAGAUGUCGUCAAGGGAGCUUACACCCUGCAUGAGGCCGACGGAACUGAGCGAGUGGUCGAGUACUCGUCCGACAAGCACAACGGCUUCCAGGCUCAUGUGAAGCGAGUGGGUCAUGCCCAUCACCCGGAAGUCUACGGACACCAUGAGGGUGGAUAUAGUGGUUCUUAUGGCCAUGGAUUCGGUCACAGUUACAGCAAGCUUUUCAAGUAUAAUUAA